ACAGCCACAAGCAUGAGCAGAGCUGACACGUCUCAAUCUCCCUCUCCGUCUGCUUCGACGUCGCCGCAGCAACGCCACCAGACAGGCACGAACCUCGCUUUGUUUGGCAUCGUCAUGGAGGGGACUGCGGGAUGCCACGAGCUCUGCUGCUCCUGCAUCAUGGAUUAAUUCCCCACCUUGCUUCAUGCAUGCUAGCUAGAUUUCAUCUGAAGCUCACGACACCAUCAAUGGCGUCGCGCAGCGCCGCGCUCUGCUUCUCCGCCGGCGCCGUGACGAGCAGGAGUAAGAGGGGCGGCUGCAGGCCGGAACCGCCGCGUUUCUUUGUUGUCAGCUGCGACACCAGGACAGCAGACGUCUACUCCUCCCUGGCUGCAAAGCUACUGGGCCCUCCCACGGCCUUCAACGCGGCGAAGCUCAAGGUCGAGUUCGCCGGUGAGGAGAUGAUGAGGAGCAAGCAGAAGCAGCCUUUCCCCAGAGCAUACACUCUCACCCACUGCGACUUCACCGCCAACCUCACGCUCGCCGUCACCGGCUCCAUCACCAGCGAGCAGCUGCGGAGCUGGCAGUCCACGCUGCAGAGGGACGACGUCGUCGCCGAGUGGAAGGAGAUGGCCGCCGGGGAGAUGACGCUGCACGUGCAUUGCUACGUCAGCGGCGCCAACCUCCUGCAGGAGCUCGCCGCCGGUUUCAGAUACUACGUCUUCUCCAAAGAGCUACCGCUGGUUCUCAAGGCGGUGGUCUACGGCGACGCGGCGCUGUUUGCGGAGCGGCCGGAGCUGCUGGAGGCCAAGGUGUGUGUGCACUUCCACUCCAGCUCCAGGAAGUACAACCGGAUAGAAUGCUGGGGGCCCCUCAAGGAGGCCACAAAGAGGAAUUUACUGGAUGGUCGACUCGACGAAUUGCAAAGCGCAAUCGGCAAGAGACGAAGGAAGUGGGCUAGCCCGGAGACAAUCUUCAACGCCCUGGUUGCCCUUCUCCUUUGAUCUGAGGACCUGCCUGCCCUUCUCCUGUAGA